GCUGAGCCAACAACUUCCAUACUCCCAUUUGUUGCUCUCCUUAAACGAUUCCGCGAAUUCGGUUAUUGAUUCCCCUUCUCUCUCUGGUGGUUAUUAUAUAAUUAUUCAACGGUUGCCUACGCUGGUGACAUUUUGAGCUGGAGCGGCAGCUUGUGGAUAUGGUGGUGGCACACUUGUGUAUUUGUGUGUGUAUGUGGUGAGCGCGUGUGUGUCAGUGUGUGUGUGUGUAUGUGAUUUUAUGUCCUUUCGCGAUUCAGCUGCGAACACAGAGCACAGUUGUCGGUGUGGACUCGGCCCAUACAGUCAUUGGUCUCCGAAGAGGAUCACAGUGAAAAACUUGAGCUCUAGGAAGGAUAACGACGCCGGAGGCGCGAGCUGAUCUUCAAGGUGGUGUUUGGCAAGAGAAAGAGCUCGAGAAUGUCCUUGUAUGAUUGGAGCCAAGUCUUUCCCGGUGUUUGGAGUACGGAAUUACCCCCGUGUUAAACUUGUUGCUGGUUCGUUUCAAUCACUUUUCCAAGGGGAUAAUAUUCUGCAUACUUCUGUGUGCAGAGAGGAUUGUUUUAUAUUAGAAAGAGAACGGAAAUCUUUAUUUUUAUUCAAACCAGUCGCUUUUACGCAGAGAUGUCCUCUCGCCGCGCUGUGGUUCUGUGAUCGCCCACCGGAGCGUCGAGAGCUCUUCACCGGGACCGGGUCUCACACAGUGGGUCACCAUGGCAGCGGGAGUGGCGGCGUGGUUACCAUUCGCCCGGGCGGCUGCAAUAGGAUGGAUGCCGGUAGCCAGUGCGCCCAUGCCGACGCCUCCACCUGACAACCGGCGAAAACAGGACGGGCUCAUCUUACUCAAUGUCAGCGGUCAGAAGUUCCAGACGUGGCGGAAUACAUUGGAGCGGUACCCGGACACUUUACUGGGCAGCACGGAGCGGGAAUUCUUCUUCCACGAGGAGACAAACGAAUACUUUUUCGACCGUGACCCGGAUAUUUUCAGACACAUUCUGAACUUCUAUCGUACCGGGAAGCUGCACUACCCGCGCCAGGAGUGCAUCUCGGCCUACGAUGAGGAGCUGUCCUUCUUUGGGAUCAUACCGGAGAUCAUAGGGGACUGUUGCUAUGAAGAGUACAAGGACCGGCGGCGGGAGAACCAGGAGAGAAUCCAGGAUGACGAGGACAGCGAGAACCAGAACGAUAUGGUCCCGCCGGAUAUGACAUUCCGAGAAACCAUGUGGCGGGCCUUCGAGAACCCCCACACGAGCACCAUGGCCCUGGUGUUUUAUUAUGUCACCGGCUUCUUCAUUGCUGUUUCCGUGAUGGCCAACGUGGUGGAGACUGUCCCGUGCGGGACUUUGCCAAAUCGGGUCAAACAGGUCUCGUGCGGGGAGCGGUACGCCUUGGCAUUUUUCUGUCUGGAUACGGCCUGCGUCAUGAUCUUCACCGUGGAGUACCUGCUGCGUCUAAUGGCGGCGCCCAGCCGCUGGAACUUCAUCAAAAGCGUGAUGAGUGUCAUCGAUGUGGUGGCCAUUAUGCCCUAUUACAUCGGCCUGGUCAUGACGGACAACGAGGACGUCAGCGGGGCCUUCGUCACCCUGAGGGUCUUCCGGGUUUUCAGGAUUUUCAAAUUCUCCCGCCACUCUGCGGGGCUGCGCAUCCUGGGCUACACGCUGAAGAGCUGCGCCUCGGAGCUGGGCUUCCUGCUCUUCUCCCUCACCAUGGCCAUCAUCAUCUUCGCCACUGUCAUGUUCUAUGCCGAGAAGGGCUCCUCGGCCAGCAAGUUCACCAGCAUCCCGGCCGCCUUCUGGUACACCAUCGUCACGAUGACAACUCUGGGAUAUGGAGACAUGGUUCCUAAGACCAUUGUAGGGAAGAUCGUUGGAUCUGUCUGUUCCCUGAGCGGUGUGUUGGUCAUCGCUCUGCCCGUGCCCGUCAUCGUGUCCAACUUCAGCCGCAUUUACCACCAGAGCCAGCGGGCAGACAAGAGACGCGCCCAAAAGGCAUCAAAGGCAGCAGGCCAGGCGCUGGUGUGCAAGGCCAACCCCAUGUUCGAUACGCACCACAAUCACCUAUUGCACUGCCUGGAGAAGACCACGAAUCAUGAGUUUGUGGAUGAGCAAACGUUUGAGACCAGCCUACUGGAGGUUUCCAUGGUGAAGCACCCGCCUCACUCCCCCUCCCUCUCCUCUGGCUCCUCCUCCCAAGGCCUGUCGUGCUGCUCGCGACGCAACAAGAGGAAGGGCUUCAACGUGCCCAACUCCAACAUGACUGGAGGGCAUAGGAACAGCAUCCAGGAGCUUAGCACCAUCCACAUCAGAGAGAGACCCAUCACUAACAGCCGCUCCAGUCUGAACGCUAAGUUCGAGGAGACGGUGCCUCUGAACUGCAAGCAGCCCUACAUCACGGCGGCCGUCAUCACGCUGCCCACGCCGCCCGUCACCACGCCCGAGGACGACGGCUCCGCCUCCUCCCCCGACUACUCACAAGCCAACAUCGUCAGAGUGUCCGCCCUCUAGGGCCCUCGCCUCCCCACCCCACCACCACCAUCACCAUGGCAACCCUAACACGGAGAGAGAGAUAGAGAGAGCUAAAGAAGAGAGACCCUUCCCUGCUCCAAUCAGAGAACGGUGUUUGCAGGGAGGAAGGGGUAAGGGGAGGUGUGAUGUGGUGGUUAGGGGGUACAGUUUAGGCUGUAGGACCCUUUUUGUUUUCCUACACGAAGCUACUACACGUCUGCUCUUGUGGUGAAAUAAAGUUGCAGUGUGAAGCUGCAGCACAAAGCUCCGCCUUGGAUUUUUUUUUGGUGGGGAGAGACUGCGUUGCCGUGGCGACUGAGAUUAGCGCCUUACAAAGGACACACAAAUGGAGAGCAUUUAGCCACCUUGUCUAACUGCAGCUACUCCCUAGCCACCUUGUCUAACUGCAGCUACUCCCUAGCCACCUUGUCUAACUGCAGCUACUCCCUAGCCACCUUGUCUAACUGCAGCUACUCCCUAGCCACCUUGUCUAACUGCAGCUACUCCCUAGCCACCUUGUCUAACUGCAGCUACUCCCUAGCUACCUUGUCUAACUGCAGCCACUCCCUAGCCACCUUGUCUAACUGCAGCCACUCCCUAGCUACCUUGUCUAACUGCAGCUACUCCCUAGCUAGCCACCUUGUCUAACUGCAGCUACUCCCUAGCCACCUUGUCUAACUGCAGCUACUCCCUAGCCACCUUGUCUAACUGCAGCUACUCCCUAGCCACCUUGUCUAACUGCAGCUACUCCCUCCAAACACUCUCCAAGGGAAAACUUACCAUUACUAUUUUUUUCUAUAUUGUGUGUCUUUAAAUGUGAUGUCUUAAAACCGAAAUGGGGGAGGUGGAAUUUGUAUUGGUUUUUAUUGUUUGUUAAGGCCGUGAGUUUGACUAGAGCAGAUGUAUAUUUGCCAUGUUCUGAAAUGUGUGGAGUAGGAGAGAAAAGAAAAAGUAAUUUAAAACAUUUUGACAAAAAGGAGAGCAAGGGGGUGUAUGCACUGUGUGUACAUAUUUUCCUACCUUAUCAGGACCAGAAUGUCCGGACAAGUCACCAAAAUGUCCUGACAAGGUAACAAAACAAGAACAUGUUUGAAAAGUCAGGACUGAAUUUGUUAAAAUUCCAUUUUAGGCUUAAGGGUUAGUUUUAUGGUUUGGGGUUAAGGUUAGGGUUACGUUUAAUGUUAGGGUUACGUUUAUGGUUAGGGUUAGGGUUAAGGUUAGGUUAAGGGCAGAGUAUGCGAGUGAAGUGGAACGGAGCUGGAGCGUAGCGUGCUCAAUUUGACUGGAGCGCAGAGCGUCAUCCUUCUUGGAGCGUCAUCCUUCUUGCUCGCUCCAAUUUUGUAGCGCUCAUUCUCCAGUAGCGUGCCCGAGUAAGCAUGCAUGUUUAGUCUACUUGUGUGCUGCUAUAGCCCCUUUCUCUAGCUACUGACAGUUGCAAAAUCAAAGUGACUUACAAAGAUGACGGCCUAGAGCAAGAGAGGGAGUGCAGUGAUGUAGUGUGCAGUGAUGUGUCCACAACUAAAGAAUCGUUGUGGAAUCUGAAAAGACACAUAUCCCGAAAGUAUGAUGGUGUACUUAUGACGUGCACAUGCUAAAAGAAAGGAAAGAGUGGGAAAUCAGAUCUCUUAAAAGUUUCCUUCAUUUUUGCUUUAGUCAUACAAUAGUCCCUACUUGAUUUUGUCCCAAAAGGCCUGGCAUAUUCCAACUGUCAAGGAGCUUUCCGUUUUGGUUGGGUUAUUUUGCCUAAAAAAAUUUAGGCAGUGGUGGAAAAGUACCGUAUUGUCAUACUUGAGUAAAAGUAAAGAUACUUUAAUAGAAAAUGACUAAAGUAAAAGUGAAGUC